UGUGGAAGUUCGUAUGAGACAUCGGAAUUUCAAUCUUGUGUUCAAUUUUGUUUAAUAUAAUUGACAUUUAUUUUAUAUAUUAACCUUUAAAUUACGAAAUUAAAAUAAAACAUAUUUUCUUGUUUUACGCUUCAAUACUCUUUGACAAGAUCGAAAUGAGUAUUCAAGAAAAUAAAAAAUACAAAAAGUAUCUAGAACCUGGUUCUGCUGAUACAAUUCCAUCAUCUUCGUGGUAUCGCUAUAAGAAACAAAGAAAUUUAAUGGACGAUCAAUCAUGUAAUAUCUCAACAAAUGAAGAAUGCGCAAUGGGAACUAAUGUUUUAGAAAAUGAUGCUAUUUUAAUGAAUAUUGAUGACACUGUAGAGAAUGUCUUAGAAAAUGAUGUCAGUUUAAUGAAUUUUAACGAUACUGAAGUUAAAGUUUCAGAAAAUGUCACUUCAAUAAAUUUUAACGAUAAUGAAGAGAAUUUUACAGAAGGCUCCAAGGAUCUUCAAGACAAAAAUGCUGUUUUUAACAUUAUCCAGUCCUUGGAAGAAGAUAUUAAUCUUAUCGGAAAUGAAGUCCCUCCGUUUGUGCAGGGAGGCAAUGAAGAUGACGAUUGUUAUUUAAAUGAGAUCGAUGAAGACGAUUUUUUCAUAGACGGAGUUGAAAGUAGUGAUGAUUUGAACAAUGACGAAAAUGAUGAAUUUUCAUCUCAAACCAAGUUUACUUCUCUUGAAGAUUGGCUGAAAUGCAAUAAUUGUAAUAGGGAAACUGAUAUUCAUGAUGGACGUUGCAUCUCCAAUAUCAAAAUUAAUAGAAGCAAAUAGCAAAUC